AUUCUUUACCUACACCACUUCAAACUCCUUUGUUUCUUUCUGCCCAUUUACAUACUCGUCUCUGUUUAUGUGGUUGGUGACGUGAUUCUAAAUUCUUGAUCUUGAUAGUGAUUUUAAUCCUAUCUGUUGCUGCUUGUCUUGUCUCUCUUCCUCUUUCGCUCUGCAAUCAAAAUCCCUAGCUUCCUUUCUUUCCUCCGUUGGGUUUUCACAAUGGGACUAAACGAUCCAUUGCCGUUGAUUCUGAAGAUCUAAAUUUCUUGAUUUGGAUUUUUUUCUUCUGUAAUUUGGUUUCUGCAAUUUUUUGCUAGAUUUUCAUACUCAGACACUUAACAUCAAGGAUUUUUGGACUUCUUAUUGAGUUUCAAUUAAAGUCUAGCUAUUGGGUUUUUUUCUUUUUCUGUUACUGGUGUCAAUUUCAAUGAUUACUGGACUUCAGAGUUUAAUUUUGCAUUAAAGCAGUCCAAAUUUUGCAUGAGAGGAAGUGCUUGGAGUUGGAGCUUUUAGAAUUAAAUUUCGUCAAGAGUUGAGGAGAUUUGAUUAAUUGAAUGAAGUGAGAUACAGAAGGAAAAGAAAUGGCAAGGCAUAGAGGAGACAAGGAAGAUGGAGUAGAUAGGCACAUGAGUUUGCUAAAACUGGUGCAAAUUUUAUCUUUCUUGGUUGUUUUUGUGGCGGGUAUAAUUAUGGGCUUGGCAACAAGUUCUCACAUAAAUCAGUACUUCGCUUCACAAGCUCGGUUAUUCUUCACUAACAACAUAGAAGCAACAAAAAUCCCAGAUAAUAAUUGCACAGUUUUGAGACCUUGCAAGACGGUUGAUUGUUGGAGUAUAGAAACUUUUCUUCAUCCCAAGAACUUGACUCAUAGUAUGGCUGAUGAGCAGCUUUUUUGGAGGGCUUCUUUGAUGCCAACCAAGGAAGAAUAUCCCUUUGAUAGAUUGCCUAAAGUGGCUUUCAUGUUUUUGACUAGAGGGCCUUUGCCUAUGUUGCCAUUGUGGGAGAGGUUCUUUAGAGGUCAUGAGAAAUAUUUCUCUAUCUAUAUCCAUACGCCUUCUAACUAUGUGCUCAAUGUUUCAUUGGAUUCUCCAUUCUACGGAAGGCAGAUACCAAGCCAGGAUGUUGAAUGGGGAAGUGUUUCACUGGUUGAUGCUGAGAAGCGCCUUCUAGCCAAUGCCCUGCUGGAUUUCUCAAAUGAGCGGUUUGUUCUUCUCUCUGAGAGCUGCAUCCCAGUAUACAAUUUCCCAACUGUCUACAAGUAUCUCAUUCAUUCUGAACAUAGCUUUGUUGAUUCAUAUGAUGAGCCCACUCGUUAUGGUCGUGGACGUUACAACCGUAAAAUGCUUCCUGAUAUUAAGCUCUUUCAAUGGAGGAAGGGGUCUCAAUGGUUUGAGGUCCAACGGGCUUUGGCUGUUCAUAUAGUUUCAGACACCAAAUACUAUUCUAUCUUCAAGAAAUACUGUAAGCCUGCUUGCUAUCCAGAUGAGCAUUACAUUCCAACUUAUCUGAACAUGUUUCAAGGGCCGUUUAACGCGAAUCGCACUGUUACUUGGGUUGAUUGGUCGCUAGGAGGCCCGCAUCCAGCAACAUACAUGGGAAUUAAUGUUACAGAAAGUUUUAUACAGUCUAUUCGAAGUAAUGGAACAGAAUGUUCAUACAAUUCAGAGAUGACUUCUGUUUGUUACCUCUUUGCGCGAAAGUUUCAUCCAAGUGCACUGGAGCCCUUGCUUAAUCUCACCUCAACAGUAAUGGAAUUUUGAUCUUUCAUUUUUCUUUCCUGACAGAGAUAUGACAUAUAGUGCUUCUAGACAUUCUCAGGCGGCUCGCAUAAAAAUUUUGUUUAGGCACAAUUGUAUAGUUUUUUUUUUUUCUUUUGAUAGGCCAUUGGGGUUCUUAACCUUCAAGAAUUGCUAUUUGUUGAUCCAAGUUUGACAGUUUGGCUAGCUUUUCUAGGAGAGCCCACAACAGAUGAUUCCUUGGAUCAUUUUGGUUGAUGAUUAAAUGAUUGAGGGGUUAUACAUCUUUGUUUGGCAUGAGAAAAGUUCUGCAGAUGCAAUAUUUCUCACUGCUUGAUGUGAGUUUACUAUUCCAGGACUGUUCUCAAAUUCAAUUUUGUAAAAAAUGAGAAUAUUAUAGCAAACCUCAAAGGAGAUUUUAGUGAUUUA